CGCCCCCUCCUAGCCGUUUCGCGCCGAAACCCCAAUCGCCGCCCAAAUGCCGCCGCCGGCGCCGCACGAGGAGUUCGAGGCCGCCGACGGCGAGGCAUACAAGUACGCAGAGCACGAGCCUAAGCUCGCCGAGUUCCUCUGCAGUUUCCACUCCGACGACCUCCGCCGCAUCCUCCUCCACCCCGAGUCCACGCUCCACUUCCCCCUCGUCAUCGACUUCGCGGAGCUCCUGGACUUCGACCCCGGCUUGGCCAAAAUACUCUACAACGACCCCAAGGGCUUCCUCCCCGCCUUCGACAUCGCCGCUCAGGGCGCCCAGAGCGAGGUGUUGCGCAUCCUCCGAAAGGGCGAGGCGUUGGGUAAUCCGGACGAGUUGAGGCCCGCUGCCGUGCAGAAGGGGUUCGUGCACGUGCGCGUCAACGUCUGCGGGUCGCCACUGGAAUUCCCUGAGUCGUCGCCGAGCAUAGGGAAGGUGAGGGUGAAGCAUAGGGGGAUUCUGCUGACAUUGAAGGGGACUGUGAUCAGAUCAGGCGGUGUGAAGAUGAUCGAGGGCGAGCGGGAGUAUCAAUGCAGGAAAUGCAACCACAGGUUUCCCUGCUAUCCUGAGCUAGAGGCUGGGAAUCGUAUAACUCUACCUGCAUCUUGCCCAUCCAUGAGAUCAAAAGGUUGUCAAAGUGCUUCUUUCCAAUUGAUAGGAGAUAGCAUAACCUGUCAUGAUUAUCAGGAAAUAAAAAUCCAAGAAAGCGUGCAACUUCUGGAUGUUGGGUCUAUACCCCGUUCCAUGCCUGUGAUUUUGAUGGAUGACCUUGUUGAUCUUGUUAAAGCUGGAGAUGAUGUCAUUGUUACGGGUAUAUUAUCUGCAAAGUGGUCCUCUGAUGUUAAGGAUGUGCGUUGCAACCUUGAUCCUAUGUUUAUUGCCAAUUAUGUGAGGAGAACUAAUGAGCUGAAGUCUGGUAUAGACAUCCCUGAGGAAAUUAUCAAGGAUUUUGAGCUUUUCUGGGCAGAAAACAGAGCUACUCCACUAGAAGGAAGAAAUAAAAUCUUGAAAGGCAUUUGUCCUCAGAUUUUUGGGUUAUUCACGGUAAAGCUUGCAGUUGCUCUUACAUUGAUUGGUGGAGUGCAGCAUGUUGAUCCUUCUGGAACAAAGGUUCGUGGCGAACCACAUAUGCUUCUUGUUGGUGAUCCAGGUACUGGUAAAUCCCAGUUUUUGAAGUUUGCUGCUAAAUUGAGCAACCGUUCUGUGAUUACAACUGGUCUUGGAAGUACCAGUGCUGGUUUGACUGUGACUGCUGUCAAGGAUGGAGGUGAGUGGAUGCUUGAGGCUGGUGCCCUUGUUCUGGCUGAUGGUGGUUUGUGCUGCAUAGACGAAUUUGAUAGUAUGCGAGAGCAUGACAGGACAACAAUACAUGAAGCCAUGGAACAACAAACAAUAAGCGUUGCAAAGGCUGGACUGGUGACAACACUCAGUACAAGGACUACUGUCUUUGGUGCCACUAAUCCAAAAGGACAAUAUGAUUCGAAUGAAUCCUUAUCCGUGAAUACAACACUUUCAGGACCAUUGUUGAGUAGAUUUGAUAUAGUUCUUGUUCUCUUGGAUAAAAAGAACCCUAAGUUGGAUGGUAUAAUUUCAUCUCAUAUAUUAGCUCAGAGCACCAAAGCAGAAGAAAACAAGGCCAGUGACGCUGCCGUAAAAAGCACCCAACCUUUGGGUAUAAAAGAGUGGACACUCCCCUGUUUGAGAAGGUAUAUCCACUAUGUAAAACAGCGGUUCAAACCGGUGCUGACAAAGGAAGCAGAAAGUGUUAUCUCAGGCUAUUAUCAGCUUCAGCGGAGAGAUGGAACACAUAAUGCAGCGAGGACAACUGUGCGUAUGCUUGAGAGUUUGAUAAGGCUGGCACAAGCACACGCAAGACUAAUGUUCAGAAAUGAGGUUACACGGCUUGAUGCUAUUGCUGCCAUAUUAUGCAUUGAGUCCUCCAUGACAACAUCUGCAAUCAUAGACGGUGAUGGAAAUGCUCUGAACUCCAAUUUCCAAGAGAACCCUGAUCAGGAAUAUAUCAAAGAGGAGCAGAAAAUCCGUGACAAGCUUGGGGAUUACCUAUACUAAUAUCUGAUGCAGCAAUACGGAGACCAAUGAGCAUACACGCAUAUCAUCUGCAGUUCUGCAUAGCAAUAUGAUUAGGUGAUCCACUCUGGUUUUGAAUCAUCAACUGCUAUGUGUCUUGGCAGUCAAUCACAAUUGAUAGGUUAGGAAGACUAAAUGAUACUUCCUCUGUAAACUAAUAUAAGAUCUUUUAGAUCACAGAGGGAGUACCAGCAUGUCCUGCAUACUGGCACAAGGCGUUAACGCCAAAUCUUUGUCAGUGAGUGGUUGAGCUUUUUUUAGCUUGUACAACGCAAGCUAAAAGAACAAAGUAAGAAUAGCUGCUUCUUGAGGAACAUGAUACGUAAGCUAAAGCACAUGCUCAUCUCAUGCAUCAUUAGCUGUCCCAAUUGACGUGUAGCUUUUCCCUUGAUAAGUGAGAUUCAACGAACUGCUACUAUUUAUGUUUUUGUUUUGGUAUGGCACCCGUUUUAAUCAUCCUUUUGCAGUUUUGUCAGAUAUGCCAAAAACACAUGUAAUGAUGAUUGCUUACCACUCUGAUGAGGAUUACACAUUAUGAAUCUUCUCGCUCAAAUUGCAACAAACUGGCUCGUGAAAUCAGGCUAUUACUUCAUAUCAAUGUCAAUCUCGUUUGUUCUUACAUAAACGGAGUGCUAAAGUUUGAAGAUGUAUACUUCAUAUUGUUUUACACGUUGUCUUGUAAAUCUCUAACAAUUUGGUAGCGCUGACUCUUGUAAUUAAGCAAAAAAGCAAACCAUCUAUAUAUCAUUAGUGUUAGAAUCCA